CCGCAGUCACCUCGGAACCUCUGAGGUGGGGUGCGGACCUCGGUCUCUUGACCAAGUUCCCCAGUUAAUCCGGUGGUAAACGCAGACCCACUACGGGAAAACAAUACAAAAAUCAUCCGAAGGUUCAUUCGAAACUGUGUCUGCUGAGCAUCCCUCUGUGCCAACCUACUGUGCUAGGGCCUUUGGACAGAGAGGACAAGACAGACACGUUCCCCAGCCUCAGAACUUCAACAGCGGGAAAGAGAGCUAUUGAAGGAUGAAAGGUGCAGCGCACCCUCCACAAGGAAAAUGCCCAGCACGUGCAAAACACAAGGCACAUCCGCCAGCCUCGGAGCUCCACGAAGACUGCUGGGAGUGACGUCCAGGUCGGCCGCCGGCGACAGAGAUGCGCUGUGUGUUACAGAAGAGGCUGGUGACGAAGAGGACAUGCCAACCUUCCCGUGCACACAGGACGGCCGGCCGGGCCUGCACUGCAGCCGCUGCCAGAAGAACCUGUCUUUGCACACAUCCGUGCGGAUUCUCUACCUCUUCCUGGCCCUGCUCCUGGUGGCCGUGGCUGUGCUGGCCUCUCUGGUUUUCAGGAGAGUGGACUCUCUCUCGGAAGAUAUGUCCCUGGCCCAGGCCAUUUAUGACAAGAAGCUUAUGUCUAUGCAGGAAAACCUCCAAGGACUGGAUGUGAAAGCCCCAAACAACUGCUCUUUCUGCCACGAGGCUGGGCAGCUGGAGCAAGAGAUCAGAAAGCUACAGGAGGAGCUGGAGGGCAUUCAGAAGAUGCUUCUGGCCCAGGAGGUCCAGCUGGACCAGACCUCCCAGACCCAUGAGCUGCUCUCCACCACCAGCAGUCAAAUCUCCCAGGAGAUGGGCAAUUGUUCCUUCUCCAUCCAUCAGGUCAACCAGUCUCUGGGGCUGUUUCUGGCCCAGGUGAGAGGCUGGCAGGCCACCACAUCCAGCCUGGACCUCUCUCUGAAGGACCUCACCCAGGAGUGCUACGACACCAAGACCGCAGUGCACCAGAUCAACUUCACCGUAGGGCAGACUUUGGAGUGGAUCCAUGGGAUCCGGCGGAAGACAGAUGAGGAGACCCUGACCCUCCAGAAGAUGGUCACUGACUGGCAGAACUACACCCGGCUCUUCAGCAGCCUGCGCACCAUCUCAGCCAAGACCGGAGAAGCAGUCAAGAACAUCCAGGCCACCCUGGGGGCCUCCUCACAGCGCAUCAGCCAGAAUUCGGAGAGCAUGCAUGACCUGGUGCUGCAGGCCAUGGGCUUGCAGCUGCAGCUGGAUAACAUCUCCUCCUUCCUAGAUGACCACGAGGAGAACAUGCACGACCUGCAGUACCACACCCACUACGCCCAGAACCGCACGGUGGAGAGGUUCGAGACCCUGGAAGGGCGCAUGGCUUCUCACGAGAUUGAGAUCAGUACCAUCUUCACCAACAUCAAUGCCACUGACAACCACGUGCACAGCAUGCUCAAGUACCUGGACGACGUACGGCUCUCGUGCACACUGGGCUUUCACACCCAUGCUGAGGAGCUCUACGACCUGAACAAGUCCGUUUCCCUCAUGCUGGGCACCACAGAGCUGCUCCGAGAGCGCUUCAGCCUGCUCAGUGCCCGGCUGGACUUCAAUGUCCGCAACCUCUCCAUGAUCAUGGAGGAGAUGAAGGCUGUGGACACGCGGCAUGGAGAAAUCCUUCAAAAUGUCACCAUCCUACGAGGUGCCCCUGGCCCUCCAGGACCAAGAGGACUCAAGGGAGACGUGGGCAUGAAAGGGCCUGUUGGCAGCAGAGGCCCGAAAGGAGACCCCGGCAGCUUGGGCCCCCCGGGACCCCAGGGCCCUCAGGGGCAGCCAGGGGACGCCGGACCUGUGGGAGAGAGGGGGCUGGUCGGCCUUCGGGGUUCCCCAGGCCUCAAAGGCUUGAAGGGCAGCCUUGGAACUGGAGGCCCGAGAGGACAGCCAGGCCCCAGAGGGGACCUGGGGCCCCCAGGGCCGGAGGGGCCCCCCGGGUCUCCAGGGCCCUCAGGGCCUCAGGGAAAACCAGGGAUUGCCGGGAAGGCAGGGUCACCAGGCCAGCGGGGGCCCACGGGGCUUAAGGGCGAACCAGGGAUCCAGGGUCCCCCUGGCCUCCCAGGGCCCCCAGGCCCUCCAGGAAGCCAGAGCCACUACUGAGGAGGUGCCAGUCCCAGACACUGCCGCACAGAACGCUGGGUAGGGGGUUCAGGAAGAGCGAGCCCCCUAGAAAUCUGCAUCUACAGACCAUUGUGGUCCUUUGACCCCAGAGGGGGUUCCCCCAGGUCUGCCUCUCACUGUGGGGCUCCCCAGCAGUGCCUCUACCAUAGAAAGCAGCCCCACAUAUGCAUGUGCACGCACACACACACGCACACGUUUCCCUUCUGGCCGGGGUCCGACUGGGUUUCCCUAGCUGGGCAGGAGGAGAGGGCAGGGAAGACCCCUUCUCCUGUGACUGAGCCUUUCAGGGAGGUGGCUGCCUUGGGGAAGCCUUGAGUCUCUCUGAAUGGGUGACCAGCUCCCAUCUUUCCAGCAACUCAUGCCCAUUCCAGCCUGCAGCUCCCGGCGGCUCCCCGUGGUUGAAAAGACCCAGGGGAAACUGUAGGGAGUUGUGGUUCCAGCCCUGGGUACAAGGUGGAUUUGGCAACUGCAAGACCGUGCCCGUAGCUACGGGCACAGCACCUCCGGAGCCACCCCGCCUUGCCCUGGCUAGAGGACCAGCCUGGCCGUCGUUCUCGGGCCUGUGCACUGGGCCCCAGUGGGUUCGGUGCUUUUUCUCAUGUCCUCAGAACAUUCCUUGCUCCACUUCUCAGGAGCAACUCUGCCUGGGCCCCUGGGCCUUGCCUCCACCUCUCAGGAGCACCCCCAAAGGAGCCCGAGCAGGAAUUGCAUCGGCACAAGGAGACUAAUCAGGCCUUGGGACAUUCUCCUGGGAAGCUGGAGGAGGGGAGCAGAGGCAAGCGAGCGGGUGCUGGGGGCACUGGGCUGCCCGAGGCUGCCGCUCUGGUCCCCGGGGUGGUGGCCGAAGGAGGGACAACCUCCGUAACAGGCGGUUGUCCCCCCCAUACCACGCUCUCCUUCUGCCCCUGGCUGCCUGCUGACCUCACCCCUCCAUGAUCCAGAAUGACCCACGGCUGGCCUCUCUGCAGGGACAAGACUGGGCAAGGAUGGCAGGGCCUGGACAUCUACAGGAGGCACACUCUGGCAUCCCAUCUCGCCCACCUCCCCCUUCCAGGGCACACUGGCACCACGGAGCCCGGAGCGGUUUCCCCAGCAGGGACAAGGCCGCACAAAGGCUAACCUCCCUGAAACCGCCCUGCAUUUGGGCGCAGAGUGCCACCACUCCUGGGCUGGAGGCAUGGAGCCGCCUCCUCCCCAGCCUGACUCAGAGACCAGCCCCCUCCCCAUCCCAAAAGCCUAAUGCCAGCACCUUUCUUUUAACAGAUGUGCAACUGGUUUGCACUCCCCCCGCCCCCCGCCUUGUAAUUCUCCUUCUAUGUAUGAUAUCACGCCACAUAGUAUGACUGACUCAGUAAAGAGCUGUUUCCAGGA